AUGAUUGCUCGCAUUGCUAUUCGUACUGCUGCUCGCUCGUCUCGCGUUGCCGCUCCGCGCGCUACCGCAGUUCGUUUCUACAGCGAGGAUCAAUUCGGCCGCAAGGAGAAGGCCCAUGAGGAUCAAUAUGUUCGCAAGCAUCAGGAGGAGCAGAUAAAGAAGCUCAAGGAACAGCUCGCCAAAAAUAAGGAAGAGAGCGCAAAGCUGGAGAAGGAGAUCAACGAGCGUGAAUCUAAGAACGGGCGCAAGUAA